AUGGCACCCUAUCUGAAGCCCUGUCAUAAAAAGCACAAUUUCAGCGCUUGUGCCAUGGAAAGUGCCAAAUACGCCAUUCCAUUUUUACUUGCAGGCGAUAGAAACCUCGGGUUGCCAUCAUUUUCUCCAAUGGAAAUACCGUUAAUCGAAGUUAGAGGAAGCGGUGACUUUAAAGUAACUUUAAAGAAUAUUAAAGUUUAUGGACUAGAAAACGUCAAACCUUUGGUUAUAGAUGUCGACUUUGAAAAACGCAAGGCACACGUUCUAAGCACGAUACCAACAUUAAUCAUCACAGCAGAAUACAAAGUGGAAGGUCACAUUCUUAUUUUUGCCCUUAAUGGAGAUGGACCUGCGAACCUUACUUUAUCUGAUGGUAUUUACACGUACGAUUUUGAAUGGACUUUAGAAAAAAGACACGGUGAACAACAUGCUAAAAUAGUUAAAAGCAAUUUUGACUACAAACUUAAACAUGUCAAGUACUACUUUAAAGAUGUCAUCAAAGGAGAUCGUCUUCUUAGUGAUAGGAUAAAUCAGGUGCUUAACGAAAACUGGGAAGUUGUAGACGAAGAUCUGAGAGACUCAGUGAGACAGACUCUGUUGAUUAUUCACGAUGAUCUAUUCGCAAAAGUAUUCACCAGAAUACCCAUACGCUUUUUAUUUUUAGAUGAUUAA